UUCAUGGGAACACGAGACUCGGGGCACUCCAUGCGUUUUUCACGACGUGAACACCACGAGUUCGCUUGACGACUGCAGACGCGGACGGUGUCAGUUUCACUUGGAGAACGAGCAGGUUCCAUCGUAGACGCGGCGCAAUGACGAGAAGUGCGUUUACCGGCUCAUCGAUCGCGAUCAUCGUCUUCAUCGGCGUGACCGCUUACGCGGCGGCCGGACCCGUCCAAUUGCAGACUGGGCCGAGUACGCUGCAACGAGAGGAGUACGGAUCGCCGGCCUUGGCGAAUCUCUUAGCGAGAUAUUGGGAGGAGCGCAGUGCGGCCAAUCGUAAUUUAAACAGCGUCGGUGGCGGCAACCAUAUGCUGAGGCAGACACGUCGAGGGUUGGACUCAUUAUCCGGAGCAACCUUUGGCGAGAACAAGAGAUUCGCACCUUUCAGGCGAUCCGGAUUGGCGAACGUGCAGCCAGAUAACUUCGACGAAAACGACCGGUCGAUGUUCGAUCGUUUCUCAAAGAGAAACAUCGACGAGAUCGAUACUGCGUUUGAUAGCUUCUUUAAGCGAAAUUUCGACGAGAUCGACCGAGUCGGCUGGAGCGGAUUCGUCAAGAGGCUCGAUAAUUACUUGGCGGACAGGCAACGACGUUAAAUGGCGCAAGAGGACAUGAAGGACGAGGGACGAAACUGGUGAAACGGAGAGCGAGAAAAGUGCGAAAGGCCGUAAGAGAAGCGUGGGGCACAUCGCGAGACGCAAAGAGAUCGCGUGCGUUUGUUAGCGGGCAUUCUUUAAUUAACAAGCAAGGUCGUUCUUUUAACGCGAUUCCUUUAUCGCAGAACCGUCGAAUGCACUUUCAGCCACAGAUAGCCGGAGAAAAUGAAAAAUUAAAAAACAAUGGUAAUCGUUUCACUGACAACGCGUGUCCGUAAAACGUUGAAAAAAAAACAAAAUAAAACUCUUCAACGAUUUGAAGUUUGAUGUUAAUGCGAAGCGUAGAUUAACUUUGAUGUUAUUUAUAUAGUCUCUGCAUGUAACUGUGCAAUUCACUUUCAGAAAGAUGAAUAUAAAAAUGUCAACUGUCAAGAUAUUUAAUGUUAAGCCAGCGGCACACGGUGCUUGUUUUCGUGCUGGAUUGCUUGCUGG